AGCACUCAGUCGUUCACCGUGUUGUAUGUGGUGGGUACAUGCCGUCUGCUGCGACUUCUGCACUCGUAGACCAUCACAACGCGCACAACGGUGUGAAGACUGAGAAAAGGACGGAGAGAGUGUGACGAUGUUCGUAUUUUUACGGCAAUACUACUAGUCCAUAAAUCUCAUCUUUGAAGGAGUAUUUUCAACUCAGCAGCAGUCAUCAUGUUGAAUCUGUUGCAGGGAACGGCGACGAAAAUCGCGGCACUCGUGACGCUGCUCUUCCUCGUCUUCAUGUGCGGCUGGCUUCCCGGUAAACUGAUAACCUACCUCCACCGUGGACUCGAUAACUCCCUAGAUCUGCACCGUCUUCAGCAGAUUCUGACCGGUAUGAACUGCUUCGCCGGAGGGGUGUUUCUAGCAACCUGCUUACUGGACCUCUUCCCAGACUUCCGAAGACUUGUUGCAAGAGUGAAUAAGGAGCUGGAGAGUGCCAAAAUGCUGAAUACGGAGCUGGAGGGUGACACCAUGAAUACGAAGCUGAGGAAGGAGGGUACCAACAUGAAUAACAGUACCAACAUAAUGAACAACAACAUCGAAAAAGUGCCACCAACAGACUCCAGGGUUUAUGCUUAUCGUCAGAGGACUCUCGUCCUGCCCAAACUGUCCCAAACUAAAGACACUGAAGUCCAGCCGACUUCCUUUGAAGGCGAGAGACAGUUUGUUCACGACACUCCAUUGAACCGUCUCCGGCGACACUCGUCAUUGAAAGCAAGUUCUCGUUCCAAUGGUUACAUCACCGAGACCGAAGAUCCACCACAAACUGAACAGAAAUCGCGGUCGCUGGAGCCAAGUGUCAUCGCUUUGCUCCUGAUUCUAUCCGUCCAUUGCAUAUUUGACGGUCUUACUGUUGGACUUGAGCCUCAACCACCGACCCAAGCCCUUGAGGUCACGGUAGCUGUCGCCAUCCACAAAUGCGUCUUUGCCUUCAGUCUGGGAGUCCAGUAUGCCCAACGCAGCCAGAUGGGCGAAGAGGGACUUAACCGUAGCGUGCUCUGCUACACGGCAGCUUCUCCCGUCGGCAUCUUCAUGGCGCUCGUCUUUGAGAUCAUUGCUACGAACUUGGUGAACUUACAGGCCAUGCUCGGCAGUGUUCUACCAGCGAUCGCAACGGGAACUCUAGCGUUCAAAACAUUCCUUGAUAUUACUCCCGCAACUUGCCAAAAAACAUAACUACAGUGGAUGAAACAAA